UAUCCGGGCGGAGGCACACACAGCUUACUUUGCAGCCCGUUCUUCACUACUUCCAUAUCCAUACAUGGUCAAGGAUGUUUUUUGUGUAACUAUUUUAUCAAGGGAGGUAUGCUAGCGUUAUGUGAAACUUUUUGGAUGUUCAAGCCCGAAGUUUCUGCUUCACUACAUUUACUAGCUAAUAAUAGAAAGAGCAGAAGGGUAUUGCUGCAGAGGUCGUUGACUAGAUCUUGCAGCAGAACCCCGUCACCGAAUUUUUUCGGGUCGUGGAUUGUGGACACAUGGCUUCCUGGACAAGCAUUAGUUUCUGCUCAAUCUAGAGAUGAAGUAAAAAAUUUUGAAAAUGAAGGAAGUGACUUUUUAGUCUCGAAACAUCUAUUGGGGGAUCUGGACUUCGAAGACGAUUUUGGUUCUGAGGAUACCCGUGGAUCAUUCAGCAGUAGUUACCAGCCUAUAGAGGAACCCUGGCUUGUAGAAUCUUCUGAUCUUUCUCUUUUUGCAAAUGAAAUAGAUUCUUUAGAUGGUUUAACGUGUGAAGACGAUGAAGUAAGUUUUUUAAGUUUUGAGCGCGUAACGCAACAUAUUUCGGAAGGAUGGUAUCCUGUUGAGGAGCCGUGGCUCUCUGUUGAGGUUUCCAAGAAAAAUGAGCAACCACAGAUUGCAGGCAUGCUCUUUCUUGACGAAAAGGAAAAUCAGAGAACGCUUACCGAGCUUGAGCCAAUUCCAAAAAACUUGUUUCUUGAUGAUGAUGCUAGGGUGGGGGUAGGUAUGCAGGAGCUAUCUGUUGAUACGGUUAUAUUGAUAAAUUCAUCUUUAUGUACAAUGCAAAGGGUUGCCGUAAUCGAAGAUGAAAAACUGGUCGAGAUAUUGCUGGAACCUAUAAAGAACAAUGUGCAAUGUGAUAGUGUAUAUAUAGGUGUUGUCACAAAACUAGUUCCCCACAUGGGUGGUGCAUUUGUGAACAUCGGGAACCCCAGAGCUUCGCUUGUGGAAAUAAAGAAUCAUCUACAGCCAUUUAUAUUUCCUCCAUUUUCGCAUCACAGAGAGCCAAGAUCAGUUAAUGGCUCUUUGCUUGUCGAGCUUUUAGAGAAUCCAAGGAUUAAUGACAAGAAGCAGAAAUCAGAAGAAGAAGAAUUGAUUGAUACUAGUGAUGGAGAUCAAAAUACGCAUGAUGAUUUUGAGGACCAUGAUAUAGAUGAUGAGUUUGACGUGUCAGAAGAUUUAACAGGAAAUGAUAAUGGCAGUGUAGUUAGUCCGGUGUUGUAUAUUAAUGGCAAAAGGAAUAUCUUUCAGCCAACUGAAAGUUUUUGUAAUUCACAGAAUCAAACCAUGGCUGACAUCAUGGUCGGCAUGAAAAACUCAAGCGGUACAGAUUAUCAACUCCAAGAUACGGAAAAUAGAAAAAAUGAAAGUAAGUGGGCUCAUGUUCAGAAAGGCACUAAGAUAAUUGUACAGGUUGUCAAAGAAGGAUUGGGUACCAAAGGCCCAACAUUAACGGCUUAUCCAAAGUUAAGGAGCCGAUUUUGGGUUUUAAUGACUCGUUGCAACAGAAUUGGAAUUUCGAAGAAAAUAUCUGGAGUGGAGAGGACACGGUUACGAGUCAUAGCAAAGACUUUGCAGCCUCCAGGGUUUGGUCUUACUGUAAGGACCGUUGCUGCUGGUCAUACUGUGGAAGAACUGCAAAAGGACCUGCAUGGCUUGCUUUUAAUGUGGAAAGGUAUUACCGAACAAGCAACAUCUGCAGCCCUUGCAGCAGAUGAAGGUGUGGAAGGCUCCAUUCCUGCUAUGUUACAUAGAGCAAUGGGCCAAACACUCUGUGUUGUCCAGGAUUAUUUUAAUGACAAGGUGAAGAAAAUGGUGGUCGAUUCUCCAAGGAUAUAUCAUGAGGUUACAAAUUAUCUUCAGGAUAUAGCUCCUGAUCUCUGUAAUCGUGUAGAGUUAUACAACAAAAAGAAUCCUCUUUUUGACGAGUACAACAUUGAGGAAGAACUCAACAACAUGCUAAGUAAAAGGGUACCAUUAUCCAAUGGUGGUUAUCUAGUAAUUGAACAGACCGAGGCUUUAGUCUCCAUUGAUGUUAACGGAGGGCAGUGUAUGCUUGGUCAUGGGACUUCACAGGAGAAAGCCAUCCUUGAUGUCAAUCUUGCAGCUGCUAAACAAAUUGCUAGGGAAUUACGAUUGAGAGAUAUUGGUGGAAUAAUCGUAGUCGAUUUCAUUGAUAUGUCGGAUGAUUCUAAUAAGAGAUUGGUCUAUGAAGAAGUUAGAAAAGCAGUUGAGAGGGACCGCUCUUUAGUCAAAGUCUCUGAACUUUCUAGGCAUGGGCUAAUGGAGAUCACGAGAAAAAGGGUACGACCUAGUGUGACAUUUAUGAUAAGUGAACCAUGUUCCUGUUGUCAAGCAACUGGGAGAGUGGAAGCUUUGGAAACCUCAUUUUCUAAAAUCGAGCGUGAGAUUUGUCGAUUGCUGGCACGGAUGGAAAGGCCAGAUCCUGGAAGGCCCGAAACAUGGCCAAAAUUUGUUCUAAUGGCUGACCGAUACAUGGGUAGUUACUUGACCUCUGGAAAAAGGACAAGACUAGCAAUCCUGAGUAGUUCUCUUAGAGUAUGGAUUUUGCUAAAGGUUGCAAGAGGUUUCAAUAGGGGUGCAUUUGAGCUAAAGCCACUGGCAGAUUUUAAGGAUCAUAGAGAUGAGGAUCAAAUUAAAAGACCACCGUUGAAGCCACCUAAGAAGCCCACCGGAGAUACUCCCAGACGGAAAGUCACCAUCUUUCCCAUCAAGAAGUGGAAGACUGGCGGUAGUAAAUGAGGAGCAUUAGAUUCGGAAAUCUCAAUUUUCAGCCAAUGUACAGAGAUUGAAGGCCCUGAUUCGAAAAAGGUUUCUUUUCUUUUUGGUUUCCUAACUGAGUAUCUAAAAUCGCUAUCUUAUGAUCAUAACAAAUAGCAGAAUUUUGUAGCUGCCAAUCUAUUCAUCGGUGUAGUGGUGUAGUGCCUGUUAUCUAUAGUUACUCAUAAAAGAUUUGAAAAGGUCUAUAUUAUUCUUCUUACAUAUUUA